GUCAGAAUAACUGAUGGUGCUUCUCUUUAUGCCCUCUGCCGAUCAUGGUUGAGGAAUGGCUUGUCUGUGGAAAGUCAGCCACAGAACAUGGAUGGUGUGAGGUCUCUUCCUAGACCUUUACCCAUACCUGUGCGAGAAGCACAUUCGCCAGCAAGAAAGGAAAGUGAUAAAGAAGAGGAGCAGCAAGAGGAUGAGGUAUCUGUCGAGCAUUUAUCUUCUCAAGAACUGUUGCGAAGACAUAUCAAGCGUGCUAAAAAAGUUCGGACACAAUUAAGAGAAGAAAGGCUGCAGAGAAUUGAAAGGUACAAAACUAGGCUUGCUCUUCUCCUUCCCCCAAUUGGAGAUCAGCAGUUGAGAAAUGAGGCGGCGGCUGGAAACUGA